AUGGAGGUGACUGCGAAGUGCAAAGCGGCUUUUAAGGGCAGCCCCGUGGUUCUUGAAUGUGAGGAGGAUCUAACUCCUUACAAGCUUCUGGGUUGUGCCAGUGAGUUAUGCGUUCCUCCAGCGGAUCUGGCAGCUUAUGAAGUGACUGAGACAAGCCUGGCAAGGGGUGCUUUUGUGGUGGAAGCGACCUGUAAAGACGGCUACAGCGGCAGUGCAGAAGCAUUUGUAUGUGGAAGGGAUGGGGAGCCGUACGAAUUAUUUGGUUGCGAUACAACAACAUCAACCCUCACCACCACGACCACAACCACAGAGACCACCACAACUACAUCAACUUACACCACCACCACCACAUCGACAUCAACUGUCACCAGCACAACCAGUACGUCGACAACAACUGAGACAACUACAUCCACCACUACGACUACCGAGACGACAACUUCAACCACCACCAGCACAACAAUCCUCUCAUGCAUGGAAGUCGUUGACAAAGCCUAUCAAGUUACUGUAAACAGCUUGGAGGUCCGAGCAUUCCAAGCUACGGCUUCAUGUCGUGAAGGAUAUCAAGGUGAUGCGAAAGUGGAGGCCUGCGAUGCGCCGGACAAGCCUUUCAAGCUCAGUGGAUGCAAAGCAGUUGUUUGCCAAACACCUUCUGAUACCUCAGGAUAUGUUUUGACAGAAGUCAGUGUGAAACAGCUUGACUUCAAUAUCCAAGCUCAGUGUGCCCCUUUCUUCCACGGCAGUGCUGCGGUUGAAAAAUGUGCUGAACAUGAUGAGGAGUACGGACUGUCUGGCUGUGAAUUGGAUCGAUGCCGCUCACCAGAUGAUACCACUGGCUAUAUUGUGACCGAAACAGAUCUGACCUUGAAGGACUUCCAAGUGAAGGUGGCGUGCUCAGAAGGAUACGUAGGAGUAGCAAAGGUUGCAAAAUGCAAUGGAGGAUACAAAGAAGAUUCCUAUGUGUUAGAAGGCUGUGAAAGUACAACAACCACAACAACGACAGAAACGGAAACUACGACCACCACCAGUACAACCACCGAAACUAGCACGCAAACAACAACCUCAACAGAGACGACUACAUCCACUACAACAAGCACCUCGACUGUCACAACCACUUCAACAGUGACAACUACCACCACCGUGACCACUACUGCCACCAAAACUAGCACAAUUACCUCAACAACCACAACGACAGCGACUGAAACCACAACAACAACAAUCACUGAAACCACUACUUCUACAUCCACCAGCACUUCAACGAUCACUUUGACAUCAACUGUCACCCAGACCGAAACAAGCACAUCAACUACUACGACCUCCACCUCAACCACAACGGAAACAACCACAUCAACUUCAACUUCUACCACUAGCAGCACAUCCACCUCAACAACUACUACGACUUCCACCGUAACGAGCACAGCAACCAUCACAUCAACCGCAACAACAACUUCAACGUCUACUUCCACGAGCACAAGCACAACAACCACUUCGACCAGCACUACCACCACAUCAACUUCCACAGUAACCAGCACUACAACUACAUCAACUUCAACGAUCACGAGCACAACGACUACAUCAACAUCUACAGCAACCAGCACAACAACCACUUCCACAAGCACGGUCACAACAACCACAACGACUGCAACAACAACAAGAACCUCCACAUCAACAGCGACAAGCACCACGACCACAACUACCUCUACAAUCACCAGUACAACCACCACUUCGACUAGCACAAGCACCACGACUACAUCUACUGUCACAUCUACAACGACCACGUCUACGAGCACAGCUACUUCAACAACAUCGACCUCCACUACGACUCCCAAGGGAGUGUGCAUAGCUCCUGCUGCGACAAAAGGUUAUCUAGUCUCUGAGCACAAUCUCUUUAUGGACGAGUUCUCUGUCACCGCCAGGUGCAGCAAAGGCUUCGCAGGGACAGCUGUUGUGUCAGCUUGCACCAAGCACCUGGAUACGUUUAGCUUGAGUGGCUGCACACGCGUGUGUCUGGCACCUGCUGACUCGGAUGGCUACCUGAUCAAAGAAGUUUCGGUUGUGCAAGAUCAGUUUCAAGUUGAAGUGUCUUGUGCAGAUGGCUUUGCCGCCUAUUCCACGCCCCAAGCUGUUGUAUGUGGGGGCGCAAAAGAAGAGUACAGCCUCCAGGGCUGUGGUCCAAGGAAGCGAUGCUUAGCCCCUGAUGAUGUCACAGGCUACCUCAUCACAGAAACCGAUCUGCUGGCGCACGAAUUUGCAGUGAGUGCAAAGUGUGACUCUGGCUUUGUUGGAACGGCCACAGUGGAGCCAUGCGCAUCUGAUUUGGAGUCUUAUAAACUGAAGGGAUGCAGCAAACGUUGA